AACUGUGUUCCGAAGAUGAACGGAGGUCUUCCGAGUUUAGAACGACAUAAUGACCUUUCCUCACCAGAGCGGGAAGCUGUGGAGGAGUUGUGUCCCGGCAUUAGCACCAGGCGGUACAGCAUGCCUCACAUCACCCUGGCUCCAGGCACCCGGAGACGACCGAGGCACGCAACGAGCGAGCACCCAUCUCGAUGCAGCUUCACGGACCGCUGUCUGGCGAACGGAGACGCCAUCGCCCAGCAUGAAAACGGUAAGACUCCGCUUGUCAUUGUAACCUGCACUACUUGCCACAUGUACAGUUUAGCUUCUUCCGUCAGCAUAGAGGGGUUUACAUGUGCUAAGUGUAUUGAAGUAGUAAGGCUGACGGAGAAGGUUGCAGAACUAGAAGCGCGCAUCCGAACGCUAGUUGAGGACAGUAAGACCGCUAAUGUUAAUGUUACAAACACUGUUUCGGGUGCGCCUAGUGUUAAACGUAAUACACAUGGCUCGGUUCCGACUUCAGAGUCAAGGCGGCUGACUAACUGGGUGACUGUCAGGCGGCCUAGUCGCAUUCGGCAUCCAAAUCACGUUCCUGUUUUAAUAUCAAACAGAUUUUCUCCACUCAGCAAUACACCGGCUGAGACAUCUGUUAAAGGUGCCCUGGUUAUUGGAGAUUCUAUACUCAGGAACGUUGGCAUUGAGAUCCAAACUUAAAGUGCUGGCUAAUGC